GGAGUUUUGUUUCCGGGUGCUGGUGCUGAUGUGGCUGCUGUUCGCACGGGAAGCAGCUUCACCAUGUUGAGCCGUCUAUCGGACCUGGCGAAGGGGGUCAACAAUGUGCUGCAGGAUCUCUCCGGGGACGAUAGUGGAGAUGGGACCAGUGUUCCUCAGGAGACCAGCCAGCAGGCUGAGAUGGAGACCUGUGCUGAGGUAUCAGAUGAUGUGCUGGAGCGUCUGGCACAGAGCGAGCAGUUGGUCGUUCAGCUCAAGGAACUCAUACGUGAGAAAGAUUUGCAGCUUCACAAUAAAGAAGUUGCACUGAAGGAAGAAAAGGAGCUGUCUGAUGCCAGAUUGUCAAAACUAAAACUGCAGGCAAAAGCCAAGGUUGCCUCGUUAAAUGCCCGAAUCGAGGAGCUCCAGAAAAAGACAUUGCGUGUUCACUCAUCACAGCUAGAAAAGACAGAGGAGCAGACUGCCGAGGAGAGUCAGAAACAGAGCUCCCCACUUGAACAACAAGAUGAGAUUGAGAAACUUAAGUGUCAACUUCAGCAACAAGAAGAGAACUGUAGGACUCUGCAGGCAACUGUAGAUAGCAUGAAAGACCAGCUUCAAGCUACCAAUGAACUCCUGAAACAGAAAGAAACUGAACAUGCACAACAGCUUCGGUCAGUUCAAGAGGUCAUUCUCGAAAAGGACACACGAUUCCAAGAGCACAUCCAGAAACAUGAGGAAGAGCUUAUGCAGCUAGCAUCUGGAUCUGAGAUAAACAAAGACCUGCAGCAAACAGUGAAAUCACUACAAAGAAAACUGGAAGAGAAGGAGGAGGCGUUGCUGGGACGGACUCGUGUGGUGGAGAUGUUGCAGCAGGAACUAAAUGACAGUGAUCGGAACAAACAGGUCCUCAAGGAAAAGUUGCAAGAGGCGGAGGCCAACAUUGCUAUUUUACAAACUGCGCUAGAAUCGGAGAGACUGUCAGCUGAGACACAGCUGAGGGAGGUGACUGAGAAAUACAAGACUGAUUUAGCAGAGAAGAAUUGUGCUGUCACACAGAUGCAACAGGCACUGCAAGAUACGCAGUCAUCCUGCGCUGAUCUGACAGCACAAAACCAGCAGCUGCAGAGUGUGAUGGAAGACCAAGAGAGAAUGUCUAAAACUCUGACUGAUAAAAUAAAGGAAUUGGAAGAUGGACUGAAGAAGAUUGAAGCCAGUGAGCAAUCGGAAGCUAAAUUAAUGUCGCAAAGGGAGACACCUGUCAGAAUCCAGGAGCUUGAAGAGAAAGUCCAAUUACUGCAGACUGCUGUUGAGGAACAGGAGACGACAUCGCAGAACAGAUUGGCAGAGCUAGAAGAGGAGAAGGGAAGCCUCUUGUGGAAGACAAUGGACUAUGAGGAGGUUAAGACUGAAAAUGAACAUCUGCGAGCCAGGAUCAAAAAACUGGAACAACAUAGGGGGACUGAAGAGUUGGCUCAGGAUGCUCAGGGGUGCAUUCAGGUUGGAGAUACUGGCAGCAAAUUAUUGGACAGCACAGUACUGGACCAAGUAAUCCAGUCUGGAGACAUUUCACCUGGCACAGGUCAGACAAACAAAAUGGAGGAUCUUCAGGACAUUCCUGAAACAGAACAAAAAGCAGCAGAAUUGACGGAAGUUCAGCACGGUGACGCAGAGGGCAUUGACCUCGGUUCCUUACAGAGGGCCAUCUCUGAAAAAGACAAAGAACUUUCUGUUGUUACUCACCAACUAGCAGAAGCUCAAAAGGACAUAGUGAGGCUCAGCCAGCAGCUGUUGGACAGGCCGGGAACAGUUCUGACAGAAGACAGGGAUGGCUCACUGAUAAAGGUGCUGGAAGGAAACCAAUCUCUGCCUCUGGAACAGAAGGUCAUGUCAGCAGCUGAUAAAAAUUUUAAUGUUUUGGUAGAGCAGAGGGAAGGAAGGAGCUCCAUCACACUGAUGGAAGAGAGCACAAACUCGGGCAGUGAAAUAGAGAGCACCACUGUUUCAGUACAAAUAGAGGGGAAGAAUACCUCUGUCAUACAAGUAGAACAAAGGAGUACAACAGUUGUCCAUCUGGAUGAGAGCACCUACUCUACAACAGAGUUGUACAGUUCUGGGGAACAUCUUGGAUAUGGUUCCACUUCACAGGGAGGACUACAGAUGGUCUCAGGAAAAGAGCAAUGUGGUGAGAUUACAAGAGAUGUUCAUGCAUUUCAUGUGUUUGAGAAUGAAGAGCUUAAGAAACUACAAGCUCGCAUACAGGAACUUGAAAAUAACCGAGAAGCAGUGGAGACCUUGUACAACAGGCAGCUAGAGGACAAGCAAGAAGAGUUUAAGAGCUUAAAUCAGAGAAUUUUGGAGUAUGAGAAAGAAGCAGAGAAUUCAAAGGAAACCAUUAAUAAUUUGAGUUUAGAAAAGGACCAGCUUCUUGAUCAGAUUCAGCGAUAUGAUGAGGAAUUGUUUACAGUAUCUCAACUGAAAGAGAGACUGACAAAAGCGGAGGAAGAUGCGACGAAUGAAGAGAAAAAGCAUCUUUUGUUUUUGGAGAGCACAAGCAUGCAGAGCAGCUUGUUAGCGGAACAGCUUCACAGUGCGGAAAAUGAAUCUAGGUCAAAAGAUGUGAAAAUUGAAGCCCUGGAGAAGGACCUGGAUAUCAUCCAGUGUCGUGCCUCUGAGCAGGAGGUAGAGGCUAAAGGUUUGAGAGGGCAGUUACAAGAGAGAGAAGAAGCUGUCUUGAGCUUGAAGCAACUCCUAACAGAUGACAAGUCCAAAGUUGGGGAGCUCAUGCAGAAGCUGGCCUCCAAGGAUCAGGAAUUGAUGAGCAUGCAGCAGAGUCUGUCUGAGGAAACGAGCAAAGUUCAACAGCUUCAGAGCAGUCUGUCAGAAAGGGACGUUGAAAUGACUGAGCUUACCAUGAGCAUGUCUGAGAAAAUGGUCGCGUUGAAUGAAGACAAAUUUUCACUGGGGAUCGAAGUGAAGCUUUUAAAGGAGCAGCUGUUAUCACUGCAAAGAGCACAGGAGGGACAGGAAGACCAGAAACCCAGCGGUGAGAGCACACUGCCCUCUCAGGAGAGGGAACAGAUGGGCCUCCUGCAAAAUAACACUGCUGGGUUUGAAAUGCUGUUAAAGGAGAAGGACGGUUUGGAGAAACAAGUGGAAAACCUGAAGAAGGAGAAUGAACAGGUAAAAAGAAAGCUGCAGGCUGCUUUGAUAAAGAGGAAGGAGCUUUUGAAGAAAGUGGAGGAAAUGAGCCAGGAAGCACAGAAUAAAGAGCUCGACACAGAAGAAAGCUUGCCAAAAAGGCAUGGAGCAGAACGUAGUGACCUAGUAUCUUCAGAGCCGGUGAGACCACUCAAAGAAGCGCAAACCCAGAAUCCACAAACUGUUGACCUGAUUAGGGCACUUUCUGAAAAAGAAACUGAUUUGCAGAAUGUUAACAAAACUCUGCAAGAUCAAGCAGCUAGCGUUAGUCAGCUUCAGGAUUUGGUAGAAGGUCUGAGACAAAACCUGCAGGAAAAAACGGACCGUGUGAAUUCUCUGGAAGCUGAUAUAUUUGCCAAGCAGUUAACUAUUCAACAGCUAACAUCACAACGUGAGAUAGAAAAGAAAUGUGUUGAACACGAGAGCACUGAAGUAGAUUCUGUCAAGAACAUGGCUGAGUCCACUGCCGUAAUGGAAGGGUUGGUAAAAGACAAACAAACUGAGCUUGAGUGUAAGCUUUUCACUCUGGAACAAGAGAAAGAUCAGCUGCAGAAGAAGCUUGAGGAAGCUGUAAGUUCACGUAAGGACAUGAUGAAAAAGGCUCAGGAGAAAAGCAGACGUCACAGGGAACAAUUGAAACAACAGAAAGAGGAGUAUAAUGCCCUGCUGGAGAAUUUUAAUGAACAAAGUCAGGAGAAAGCGAGCACCUGUGAGGAACUUGCAAAAGUGAAAGAGCAACUAUGGCUAUUGGAAGAGAAGACUUCUGCAGCCAAAGUAUUGCAAGCAGGGAAGCUACUUCAGGGUAACCCUGAAGAGAUAACUGUCCCAGAGGAGAAUCAGCAUUUAGGCUGGAGCCCAGAGUGGGUAGACGACUCAAAAAUAGAACCAGUUCAUACAUUCAUUGAUGAACCAAAAGGUGACAAUCUUUUGGUGGCACAGUUAAAAGAAGAGCUCCAGAAGGUACAGGAUGAGAAGGAAGGCCAUUAUUUAAAACAGCAGCAAUUGGCACAUCUUGAACAAAGAACAAGGGAAGAAUCAGCACAGCCUCUGGAUCAAAUCACUGAGCUGCAGAGUAUCCACUGCCUAGAGAAGGAGGAGUUACUUCAAGAAGUUGACAUUCUGAAGAAAAGAUCUCAAGACAUGGAACUCAAAUUAGCUUUAGAAGAAGCUAGGGCUGAAUCUGUCUCCGAACACUUGGCCACACUUAACAAGGAAUGUGAAGACUUAAAGAACAUCUCACAGCAAAAAGAUGAGGAAGUAGAACAUUUCCAUUUACAGUUGAAGGAAAAAGAUGCACUCCUUAAAAACCUACAACAGAAGAUGUCUGAUAAGGAAGAUCUUGUCAGAGCUCUGCAAACUCAAAUAGAAGAGCAAACCAAAGAGUUCGAAGAACAGAGCAAGCGCCUCCAAACAGAGAUCCUGGAAACUCAGCAAAAGCAAGAGGAGGAUACUGAAGAGGCUAAGUCCAAACAGCAAAUACAGAGGAAACUACAAGCUGCCCUGAUCUCACGUAAAGAAAGUUUGAAAGCAAAUAAGUUGCUGAAGGAAGAGCUGGCUUCCGUAACAACAUUGAAAGAAGAAUUAAAUAGCAAGGUGGGAGAAAUUGAGAAAGCUACUGAAGAACUGAAGCAGGACAAAGAAGACUUACUGGCAAAAAUGUUGAAUCUCCAGGAGCAAAAGGAAAUAUUAAUCGCAGAAGUGAAUAAGUCAUUGACUGAAAACCAGAAUCUCAGUGCUUCAUGUGAGAGCUUGAAACUGGUCAUUGAUAGUGUUACACAGGAAAAAGAAAGCUUACAGCAGGAGAUUGAAUCCUUGAAAGGAGAACAAGUUGCUGAAAGCUCAGAGUGGCAACGCAAACACAGAGAUCUACAGAAGGAAUACGAAACCCUCCUACAGUCCUACGAGAACGUCGGCGGCGAGACUGAAAGAAUAAGGCGUGUACUGGACAUUAGCAAGCAGGAGAAACAAGAACUGCUCUGUAGGAUUCGAGAAAUUGAGGCUCAGAAACUAGAAGUAGAAAAGCAACUUGAGGAGGCUGCCCAGGAGCAGGAAGGAAUGAGAGAGAAAAUGAGGAAGUUCGCUAAAUCGAAGCAGCAGAAAAUUAUGGAGCUCGAGGAAGAAAUUGAGAGGCUUCAGUCAGAACAACAGCCUGAAGUAAGCCAGGUUAAGCCAUCAGUAUCCUCUGACUCAACAGAAAGUCAGCUUCAGGAAGAACUGCAGAAAGCAAAGAGGGAAACUGAAGAGGCGAUGAAUGAACUUGAGAUGUUAAAAGCUCAAAGGGAUGCCUUGGACCUAGAGACUGAUGUAUUGAGACAGCAGCUGAAGGAUAUGACCGAAAAACCGGAAGUAAAUGAGAAAGAAUUGGAAAAAAAUCAAAGCAAUGUCGUUCAAGAACAGGAAAUUCAGAUGGAAGGGGCGAUUGUUGCGUCCCUUGCAGUAGAGGUUAAACAAGAAUUCAGCAACAAAUUGGGUUCUUUCAUAGAGUCAACUGCAACCCGUGUCUCUCCUAAGGACUCGCAAGAGGUCUCUGAUCCCGGUUUCCUUGAUGAAGUUACCAGGUGCAGGCAAGAACUGUCACAGCUGACAGAAAAACUGACACAGAUGAAAAUUGACAAACAAAUGAUAGAGGAUGAGAUGCAUGAAUUGAAGAAAACUAGUCAACUUUUGAAAAGUGAGAAAGAGACUUUGGAAGAACAAUUGGUUAAAAGCCAGGAUGAAUUCAAACUGAUGCAUGAGUCUGUCUCUAAGUUGGAGCAGGAUAACCACCAGAUGAAGAAACAAGUUGAGGAGUUAAAGAAGGAGAAAGCAGCUGCAGAGUCGGAUAAAGAUGACCUUGAAGAGCGACUGAUGAAUCAGCUAGCAGAGCUGAAUGGCUGCAUUGCCAACUACCAACAGGAAUCGAAAGAGAGCAGUGACAAAGUUUCAUGCCUUGAACUAACUGUGAAAGACAAUCAGAAAAAGAUGGACAAGCUGGAAGAAGAGGUGAGGCAGCUCAAGAGUGAGAAGGCAGGAACUGCAGCCAAGAUGCAAAAGGACUUUGAGGAAAAGGUCAAGUCCAUGCAGAGGGGGAAAGAGGGAAGAAAGGUCCACAACAAAGAACUGCAGGAGCUGCUUAAGGUAAAACAGCAAGAAGUCAAGCAGCUGCAGAAAGAUUGCAUCCGGUACCAGGAGAAGAUCAGUGAUCUGGAAAAGACCAUAAAGGCACUGGAAUUUGUUCAGCAAGAAACUCAGAAGAGAUUGGAUACCGCGUUAAAGGAAACAACAGCAAAAAUUGAGGAUUGCAAGAAGGCCAAAGCAGAGUUGUUUUCCUGCAAAGUCCGACUCGAUGAUACCCAAAGUGAGGCAGCUAGGAUCCUAGCAGACAACCUGAAACUGAAAGAAGAUCUCCAGACCAAUGAAGAAAAGGCCCAAGAGCAAGCCAGCAGCAUAGAAGAAGAGCACAAGAGAAGGCUUAACCUGGAAAAAAAUGAACAUAGAAAGCAGCUGAGAAACGUGCAAGAGAAAUUGGAGUGUUUGGAGCGUGAGAAGAAGCACGCUGACGAUUCUAUUGAUGUGUUGAAAGACGUGUUGGAAAGGAAGAAAGUGGAAACCAACAAAAUUCAAGCUGACUUUAAUGAAAAUUUGGCAAAGCUGGCAGCCUUCACAUGUAGUAUGUCCUCUUUGCAGAAUGACCGGGAUAGAAUCAUUGACGAGUCCAAGAAAUGGGAAAUCAAGUUCAAUGAUGCGAUCUUGAAGAAAGAGGAAGUGAUCAGGGAUAAGGAAGACAAUUGCAAUGAGCUGAAGGAGCAGCUAAGACAGGCUUCUGUUCGCUGCGAGGAACUGGAAAUCAAGCUUUCCAGAUUGGAGCACAGUGAGCAGGAAUGGGAAUCAAAGUUCAAGUCUGAAGAAGAGGUUCACAGGCAGAUGAUGAAAAAUGUUGAGGACGAAAACCAACAACUUUACUCAAAAUCAGAAGAAUACCAGAAGCUUUACAAGGAUUCUCAGAACGAACUACUGAAACUAACAGAAGAAACUAAGAGCCUGAGAGAACGGGUUGCUGAUUUAAACAGCUCCCUUGAGAAGCUUGAGAAAGCCAAAGGUGACCUGGAGGAAAACCUGAGGCAACGAGAGGCAGAGGUGCAAAAUUACCUGCUGACCUGUGAGCAGCUCCAGUCUGACCUCCAGAACUCCAAAUCUUUAACCGAGCAGCUACACAAAGAGACUGGAGAGAAGGAGGAGAAGAUUGUUUCACUCCUGGCAGCUAAAGAGGAGGCUGUUGCCAACGCCAUCGGUGAAACCCAGCAACAGCAUGCCGAAGAAAUUGGGCGUUGGGAAAGUCAAGUUCAAAGGAUGGAAGAAGAGAAAUCAGAGGGAGAGCAAGCAGUCAGAAAGCUGCAGAAAGAAACUGAAGAUCUGGAUGCAAAGCUGAAAAAAACUGAAGAGGAAUUAAAGCAGCACAAGAUAAAGCUGGAGUCUUUCACAAAGUCUAUGGCCUCCCUCCAGGAUGACCGGGAGAGAGUUCUGAGUGACUACAAACAACUCGAGCAAAAACACAUUGAGGUGAUUGUAGAAAAAGAUCAACUGAUUCAGGAAGCUGCCACUGAGAACAACAAACUCAAGAAUGAAUUGAGGAGCCAGCAAGCGCAGAAGGAUGAUUUGAACUCUGAAAACGCCAAACUCAAAGCACAGCUCUUGCAAUACAGGGAGGAUCUGAACCAGGUGAUUUCCAUGAAGGAUUCUCAGCACAAGCAAUUCUUAAAAACUCAGCUCGAGAGAAUUAAAGUGUUAGAGAACAAGAAAGCUGAUGUUGAGAAGCUGUUAAAAGAAGUAGAGAACAGUUCAGAGGAGCUCAGUCAGGAGAACAAAGCUCUGAAGGAAGAGAAGCAGAAUCAGAAGGAACAGUUGCAGCUGGCAGAGAAAACCAUGGGUGAGCUAAAGGAAGAAGUGGAAAGAUUAACAGUUGGUGGGCCUGUUCAGGUGCUUCAGCAACAAUUGGAUGAGAAGACAGGAGAGGUGGAAAAACUGGUUGCCAAUCUCUCCUCCAUGCAGGAAAAGGUGGCCGAGCUUGAGUUGAAAGUGGUCACGGUCGAGGAGGAAACUGGGCAACGGCUCCGUGCCACGGAAAUCAAGUAUGAAAAGGAACUUGAGAAUCUGCAGCAUAAUGCCGGCAUCAUGAGAAAUGAAACAGAAACGGCAGAAGAGCGAGUGGCUGAACUGGCGAGGGACCUCAUGGAGACCGAACAGAGAUUACGGGAAUCGAUUGAAGAGGUUGACCAACUCAAGGCGCAGAAUCUAUCUUUUGGGAAAGCCAUGAGUUCCUUACAAGUCAACCGAGACCAUCUUCUGGUGCAGCUUGAGGAACUACAGAGGAAGUACACAUCUGAGUUAGAGAUGGAGAAGAGCAGGAGCGAAGGUUUGUGCCAAGAGCUAACCCAAUAUGAAACCAAUUGCAAUAACCUGGCAGAAGAUAAGGACCGUCUAUCCUCAGAGUUGGCAGCUAUGAAGAGCAGCACCAUUGAAGACAAUCUGCAGGCCCGCAUUGAUGAACUGAGUAAGCAGCUGUCUUCCAAACAGCAAGAUGUGCAUGAUUUGACCUUGGAACUAGAAGGCUCAACCAAUCAACUAAAAGCAUUCUCCAAGACUGUGACAACACUACAAGAUGAGAGGGAGAGACUGUUGGACGAAGUAGCUAAAAGCAAAAAGGUUCAUGAAGUUAAGCAGGGUUCUGCACCAACCUCUUCAAAAUCAAGCGAAGUGCAGAGUCUGAGAAACGCUCUGUCUUCUUUGCAGAAUGAUCGAGAUAGACUGCUGAAGGAGAUGAAGAGCCUGCAGCAGCAGUACAUGCAGAUUGGGGAGGAGUCGGCUGAAUUGUCACAGCUCCGGACACAGCUCGAAGGCCAAAGCCAACAGAUAGCCUAUUACCAAGAAACCCAGGAGCAACUGAAGAAAGAGCGCAAUGCCUGCCAGGACGAGCUGGGACAGCUAAGGUCUGAGAAGUUGUCUUUUACCAAGCAAUGUGAGAGGCUGAAAGAACAGUACCUGAUUGCUGUGUCAGAUAAGGACAAACAGAUCCAAGAGCUUCAGAGCUUGUGCCAGGAGCUAAGGCUGAAGGUGACCCAGCAGGCACCGGAAGAGGCAGCUAACCCUGGUGAGACCUUUAAAGGUCUGCAGACAGAGAACAGCCAACUGCAGGCCCAACUGAACAACAGCCUGAAAGAACUCCAUCAGAAGGAACUUCGCAUCCAGAAACUCAACAGCAAGAUGUCCCUGGUGUUUGAGGAGAAGAUUGCACUCUCUGCCCAACUACGGGGAACUGGUCAGAACCUGCGUGACACACAGCAUCGAUUGAACCAGUUACAGGCACGUCACCUAACCCUUGAACAACAGUUGCAGACUUCCACAGAUCUGUUGGAUGAGAAGGAAAAGGCAGACCCCAUGGUUGAUGCUGCCCCUGGUGGUCCACAGGAGAAGGACAGAAACAAAGAGCAGGUCAAGGAAACGGAACUCAGACAUUUGAAGCAAAGGCUGAUUGAAGCCAAACAGACGCAGGACAGAACUGAGCAAGAACUGAACCAAUUGGAGGGUUCGCUGGCUGAAGAACGGGAAAAGCGAUUGGCUGCUGAGGAAGCCCUGUUGUCAGCAGAGCAUCGACUCAAAAGUGUGGAGCUGAGCGAGUGGGUCAGUGCCCAGGAGCGGAACCUCAAUGCCUCCGCUUUGGAGGAGCAUUCCAUGCUGAUAGACCUACCGGAAAGUGCCACUCCCAGCAAGAUUCGGAGGGGCUCGAGAGUGAGGUCAUUUUGUUCUCUGCUUCACAGCCGAUCUCGGACCAAGUUACUGUUUGCCGUGUAUGUCAUUGCGCUGCACGUCCUGUUUCUCCUGUGCUUCACAGGGAAUCUGUAAACUCCAGGAAAUUUAAUGCUGAGGACCGGAUGGGACUUGCGGACUGUGAGCUGACAGAGUCCAAUAGCAGCACUUCAUCCUGAGAGCAUCAGCUUUAUCUGGACCUGGAGCUGAGGAUUUAUUUUCCUUUCUAUGAGAUUUUUCUCCGUGAAUGUUUAACCCUGUUUGCAGAGUAUUGCUUUGGCUUGGGGUAUUUGGUUUACUGCUUUUGGAUGAUGGGUGAUAGUGUUGAUGUUUUAUGGUACUGGAGGGGGAGCUGAUCUUGGGCCUCAUCCUAGAUUGUGACUGGCAGGAUCAGAUCACAUUGGCCCAUCAUAAUGCACAGAUCAGGCUGUGAGGAUUCAGAAGGGUGUAACUGCUGCCAUAUGCUCUGAUCUCCCCCUCAUGUGAAUGUCUGACGGUUAAAAUGUUUACCCGUUUUCCUUUCUUGAGGAGGGAUUACUCCCUCUGGUGAAACACAAUAGCCUUUUCCAAUUCUACGCACAUUCCUACUGCUAGAAUUAAGGUGCUGAAAGUGAUCUGCAGUACUGGAUGUGUUCCAGUAGGUGGUGGUGUUGCACCAUAUAUAACGCUACACACAACUGCAGGGCGAUGGAACAACCCAUUUGAUGGGGAAGGUACUCAACCAUGACAUAAAAUAAAACAAGUACAACGCUCCACAAUAAUUCAGAUCUCGUCGCCCAGGAAAGGAGAAGAUGAAGUUGGUGGGGAGAGAAUAAACCAAAGUGAGACACUUUCCAGCAGGUCCAGUUGUAGUGCAGGCAGAGAGAGAGAAUUUGCAGCUCUGUUAGAUAUGUAGAUAGAUUUAGGGGAAUUCUGGGUAAUUUAGGGUAAUAUACAGCAGCUGGUCAGGGUAGAACAAAGUUGUACAACAGGUGGGAUGCUUCACUUUCGUUCAGGUGCACUGGACACACUAACCAAAUAUAUUUUUUACCAGUUUCAGCUUUUUUAGCAUUGCCCUGAGGUGUAGUCCCAGGGCUGCUGCCUGUCAGCUGAUUGACAAGUGCCUUCCUACUACACGUUUACACUUUAUUCAUUUGAACUCCUCAUGAUUUUGCAGCACAUCUUUGGGAUCUUUCUGGUCCCUGAAAAAGUGACUCCUAACCAAGUGGGUGGAUUGGAGAUUGUCAGCAGGGUGGGUUGUAGUAGUGGGAUGGGCAGGGCAUGUGCUCUCCCUGUGGGUAAAUUUGAAAUGCCUGGUUAUUGAUUAGCCUGGGAAUAGGGUGUCUGCUGGCGGCUGCCAUUCUCCCUGGUGUGGGUUGGGGGUGGGGGGGGUGGUUGGUGUGACGAACAGGGCACAGUGACAAAGCAACCCCCACCCCCCCAGCUACCAGAGAGGGCAGCUGAUCCCGGGCGUUAUCCUGAUCCUGUCACAGUCCUGAGAGCUAACCCAAACCUGGGUGACAUGAGGAUGGCCAGCUGCUGGUCUUCUGAGCAAGGCAGCAAAGUUAUGGAAUGGUGGGGAGGUUCAUGUCAUGGGACGUUCUAUCAUUGUAUUAAACUGAAGUUUGGGGUGGGUGUUGGGGGCAGACUUUUGGCCUUCUAUUGUGAAACUUUAUAACACUGCGAAAUCAUCAGGAGUUUAAAUCAUAACUUUUUAUAAAUAAAAUAUAUAUAAGUAAAUAUUUCCACAACUGAGGGAAUUUUCUACUUGUGUACAGUGAAUGAGAGGCCAGUGCUCAUCACAAACAAUCCCAUUUAAUUUAAUUGAUUGUCUAUUUAUAUUAUGCAAAUCGGAUGAACAGUGUGUUCCUUUCCCAGGCACAAUGGAUAAAAUGGCUGUUGAUGGAUCCUUGUGCAGUUGGUAAGAUGGCUGCCAGUGAUCAAGCUCCUUGCCAAUGUUUGACACCGCUUUUCCUCGUGUCUGUGGACAAAGUGAGUUGGCGCUGAGUAUUAGAGGGAUCAGGGAGCUAUCGACAGCACUGGAAUGGAAAUUAGCCAAGGGGAUGGUGGGGGAGCGGGAGCUGGAGGAAUGUCAAUGACCAAAACAUUCAUGUAUGGCUUGGAAUAAAAUAUUUUUGAAAUCAAA